GCGCAACCGUGUUUCGUCUCUUUCUGUUUGCUUGACACAAACCUUGUCACGGUAUCAUUUUCUCGUUGUGCUUUUGUGUCUCUCUUUGCCCAUUGCUUCGAGGAAUUUAGGUUAGCCGGACUCACACAUGGCCCCACCCAACGCUGACCGUUCCUCAUGUUGUUUACAAGUGUAGCCCGAGGUGCAUUGUUUCACUUGUGAGUUGCCGUGUAGCCCAGCUUGCCCGACUGAAAUCUUAGGCCCGCCGUUUGCGCCCGACCACCCGAUGGUACUAGUACAUUGCAAAUGUACUGCGUUCUGUCUUAGCGGUUCUGCUACCCGACGGUCCAUCCGGCAUGUCGAGAGGGCGGCUCCUAUCAAAGAGGCCAGAGGCGACGAUUUUGCUGGCCAUCGGGUUCCUGUCGUGUGUCAUGCUGCUGCCCGUGGAUCUGGUGGCGGCAACAACAGAGCAUCCAGGCUUGCGUCCUGGCAGGCUAGUGCAAACCGUGCACGGCGAUUGCUACCAGUGUCCAAGCCACAGCGUGUGCUACAAUGACACCAAGUGUUUCGAGUGCGGCACAUGCUCUGAAGGGUUUGGAGCGGUGGCCACCUCUUGUCGCCUGCGCAGCGAUACCAGCUGCUACCCAUGCACGGCGGGCGUUGACUACUCUCCCACCGUGUCAUCAGCACAGUGCUGGCGCUGCAGACCUGCAGCUACUGUUCAGUGCAGUGCAGGGUCCUACGUCAAGCUAUGCAACAGCACUCACGACACAGCCUGUGCCUCGUGCAGCGAAGAGUCCAAUAACACCUGCGAGCAGUGCCUCAUGUGCACAUCACUUGACCAGCAGGCUGUGAAGCCAUGCCGUAACUCCACUGGAGGACUGUGUAUUCCUCCUCUCACCACCAUACCGACAGUCCACACUUCUGCCAGCACUGUCAAGGAAUCGGCUGCUUCAGCAACUGCUCCCAGCAAAGCACACAACGAUAAAACUGAUUUAUGGAUUGGACUAGCUGCAGGUGUCCUAGUGGUCCUUGCCAUCAUUCUGGCGAUUAUACUUAUGCUGAGAAGACGCUCGAGGAGUGGCCAUGGCAACCAAUGCGUGGACAUACCAUCUUGUGUUCCUCGUCAGGAGUCUGUCAGCAAUGCUGAUGGGUCACAUCAUUCUGCUUCGCCAGUAGCCCAAGCCUCAACACAGGCAGACCAAGCAAGUGCCUCAACACAAGCUACAGCAUACCCAACACGAGUGGCAGAGCCUGAAGAGAAGAAUAGUGAGCGUUGCAUCUUGUAUGCCAGCCAGGAGAUGCAGUAUUCAGUGUUGGCGUUCCGGCGGGAUGAGCAGAACCAGCCUCGGCCACCAGCAACUGAUCCCAAUCAUAUGCGCGACGUUAGGGUCAUGCGUCAAGGUGCCCCGUCACAAAUACCCACACUGGCGGUGCAUCACGAGGACCAACCGGGCGAAUCCGACGGAGCAGUCCACCACCAGACCAUCCACCACACUGUCACUGAGGCCCAAGCGACGCAACCCAGCGACUCGGCCCAUAGCCAGUUGGUGGAGACUUCAAGGUAUGACAUAAGGAUGGAGCAAGAGGACCUGUCAAUCAGUCUGCCUAACAUUGCUACUCCUACUACAAUCUCCACUCAACCAGUCUGUUACGCUAGUCAGGAGAUGAAUGCCAGCAACGUCGAGACAAACGGCUUGUCACGCGAUCCUGCCGUUACAGCCCCUACUCAACAUGAGCCGCAGGAGCUAGAUACUAUGGCACAUCUCCCAUCAACAAGAAGAGGGUUUGUUGGUGCUGAAGGAGCUGCAACUGAUGCGCAAUCCGAGCUUGUCGCAAGAGGUGGUUCAAAUAGGCCUCGCACCGACUCGCACACAUCUGGCCAAAGCUCGGCAAGCUCUGAUGGUGAUGCUGCCUCGCCUCGCCGAUAUGACCCUCUUCUCAGGGAUCACACCACUGCACAAAAGGAAAGAGUUGAUGUUCCCUCGGAUGGCAAGACAGAUCACUUAGCAUCGCCUGCCAGAAAAGGUGACAGCAGAGUGCAUUUUCCGAAGGGUCAUGGCACUGAUUAUCUACCACCGGAAAGGGUAGAUGUAUCAAACAAGACAACGGCCCAUGCUGUUUCUACUUACGACUGCUCUACUCCCAGCUCUAUAAGCUUGGAGGAUGACACCAGAGUGGCACAUCCCACCAGCUCAAGCAGCACAGGACAUUGUAGUAGUAACAGCGAUAGCCACAACGGCAGUGGAAGCGAAAGCAUAGGACACGGCACCAGUUCCAGGAGCCAGCACACGAACGGCGAGAAUGUCCCAGUGGAGAAGCCCACUGAAGUACAGUGUACAAACACACCAAAACCACCACCAGCAGCGGCACCACCACCACCACAACCAGCAGCAAACACACCAGAACCAAAACCAGAACCACCACCAGCAGCGGCACCACCACCACAACCAGCAGCACCGCCACCACCAGCGGCAGUAGAUACACAAUACACCACCGGUAUGGAGGAUGUGCCAGCAAACUCUCAAUACAAUGGAAAUUAUCAAGAAUCUGAUCUAUAAAAAAAGGGGUAAUCAAUUGGUGUGCCAUUCUUGCCAGAAAGAUCAGAGAACGAAUAUAAUUAUCGCUGAUAUUGAUGAGUCAGUUGUUCCCAAAACUUGUAGCAACCUGUGUAAGUAACACAUAGGCCAUACAUACAACACCACAUUGCCAUGCCUUAAAGCUAAUACGGCCAGUCAGUCUUUGCUGGGAUGCCACUAUAAAGUUUGGCUUCCCACUGCAAAAAUGAGGCCUGUCUUAUAAGCGCACUUCGAAGUAGCACACUGAAUACUCUCUCACACUACUAACACUGACGUAAUGUUUAUUAUUAGAUGCUGGACCUUCUUCUAAUGUAUAUUAGGACGCUGGACCUUCUUUUGUUGGCAUCAGAGUAAAUAGAGAUGUAUCUGAAUCACGCUGCCA